AUGAGCGUUCUGGAGGAUGUCCCGUUCCAGACCCCUGUGGGUCCACUGGGAGAUGAGAUACAGUUUAUGGCUGCUCCAGACAUUCCCAUACCAGUCUGCCGCCAGAUCAUGAAGGAAACUGAGUAUGGAUUCCAAAUGGAGAGAUGGAUCCUGGCUGACCAGCAGCCGCUCUGUGAGGCCCCGUCCUGCCCGCCCUACUGGAUGAUGUUCAGCGGUCCCCGGGGGGGCUGCCUGCUGGGUCACAGGAGCAGUGACCCGUGGGCCCCGAGGCCCCGGCCCCGCAGCCACAGCCUGAGCUCCGCAGACGCCCCCCGGCUGCACCACCGCACCGUCAAGUUCCUCGUCACCGACUCGGACGAGGAGGACGGCUACAGUGGGGACAACGACGGGUGUCCGGCUGAGUGUGCACGCCACCGGGCCAGCAGCAGGGAGCGGCCCCGGAGCGCCGCGCCCAGAGACCCGCUCUCCAGGGUCAAAGACACGCACCCCAGGCCCUUUUCUCCCGCUUGUAAAGCCGACCCGGCCCACGUCCCCAGAGGCCACCGGGCCACCUCCUCCCUCCCGGACUGCAGGCAGCCUCUGCGGGCCGUGGAGCAGCACAAGUCCCAGCUGGCCGGGCCCGCCUUCCAGGGCCAGACAGCAGGGGCCAGACAGAACAGCAAAAAGAGGCCGCGCUCGCUGGGCUCUCUGGGGAGGAAGUACUCCCAGAACACGCCUCCGGCGGGCCAAUCCCCACACAGGCCCCAGCAGCAGCAGCAGCGGCCCUCCUCCGCCGGGCCCGUGGUCAGAAACCGCAGGAAAAAGGUUCUGACGACCAGUGGCUCUCGUGGGGUUUUCUUCGACUCUGCUGCGGAGCUCCUCACAGCGCUCAGCCAGGAGGAGAGGGACUUACUUGGAACCAUCACUGACAAAGGAUACCCGCUGCGCACGGCCAUUCUGGCUCUGGAGAGGACAGGCUACAGGAGCCCAGAGAAGAUCCUGAAAUACCUGGUUUCCAGCGACCGCCUCUGCCAGCUGGGUUAUGAUGAAGCACAGGUGGAGGAGGCUUUGGAGAUGUUUCAGAACUGCGAGAGCAAGGCUGCUGAGUUCCUGCGCCUUUUGACCCAGUUUAAUGAGAUGGGCUUCCAGCAAAGUGCAAUCAAAGAAGUGCUGCUUGUUCAUGAGAAUCACCGUGAGCGAGCUCUGGAGGAACUCAUGACACGCAUGGCUUAG